AAAACUCCCUGCAAUCUUUUCAAUCGUGAUAAGUUCCAUUAGGUGCAGUUUAAAGCCAACAGGUGUUUUAGCAGAAUGCAAACUUUGACCUGCCAAAAAAGAGACAUAGCAUUUGAGCUGUUAAUUAAAAUAAGGAUUGUUUAUUUCAGAACAGAAGGAUACUACCAGCCUCUCAUUGCAGCAGCUCUUAUCAAGAAACCUCUCACAUUCGAUAAUUGACUUCAUCAACAUGAAGCACUAUCUCACGAAGGCUGUACAAAGUCAUUGUACAAAGUACACCAUACACCGAACUAAGUCAUCGUAUUCCCAUUAGUCCACAAUCAUGACAAACAGACAAAAGAAAAUCCCUCCUGGUGUUGAUUGGUGACCCCUACCUGCGUCAUGUCCUGCUGGCUGGGCUCAGGCUGAGAUGUUUUGCUGGAAGUGGGAUGUUGCAGGGUUGUCCCUGGAACGUUGCUGGGACAUGACUCCCGGUAUGUGUCAGAGGCACUUUAGAGGAAGCCGAGAUUCUGAUGCUUUUUAAUAACUGAAGGCUGUAGGGAGGAAUCUCUUGUGGAACCAGACCCCAUGUUGACUGACUCUGAGGAGGGAUUUUUAAAUGAUGUCCUAAGCUGGAUUCAUUCUGAAAAGUUAAGGAUUUAAAGAUACGUUUAACAUAUAAAAGCAAAGAGAGGGAUAACUGGUUGUUCUUGAAUAAAAGAGCAUUGACUCUUGAAACUGCUUUUCAAACUUUGUACCUGUUUCAUAGCACUCCAAUCAGUACAUAUGCAUCUCCUCACCAUACGUAAUGUAAAAAUACUUAAACAUAACAGAAAAACAUGACUGAAGGUGAAAACAUAACCUUUUUUUGUAUUAAUGAUGUUAGCAGUACAAGCUCUGUCUUAAUACCGUGUUCUGUUAACUUGUUGGCUCUCCUCUCUUUUUCUUGGACCUGGUAGCUGUAGUAUGUGACCUCUUUUGAUGUAAGCCGUCCACUCUGCUUCCUCUUCCUGUUCCCUGCUGCCUGUUGGCCUGGUGACCACCGCAUCCCACUGGUCGGUUGUUCGUCAGGGCAUUCAGUCCACACCAGCCCAACCUUCUGGAAGGAAUCACCUCUCUCUUAACCCACAAGUUCCCAGACACACAGAGGAACACUGAAAGCCCCAGCUGAGCUUGAUGAUCACUAUGAUGAAGUUCUGGAUCUUGUUUCUGCUGCUGAUUCCAGCUCUGACCAUCUCCGGGCUCAAGACUAGUCGCAGAAGCUUAAAAGUUUUUCCACAUGGUCACACAGUCGCAGGUGUGUUUCAAGUGAGCUACAAGACCACCCGGAACCAGCUGGAGUAUGCCUACAACGUGUCGGAGGCCAGAGAGCUGUGCCAGGUGCUGGGGGUGACCAUCGCCUCCAAGGCCCAGGUGGAGGAGGCCCUGAGUCGGGGUCUGGAGACAUGCAGGUUUGGGUGGAUCGAUGAGCAUUUUGCUGUAAUCCCCCGUGUCACAGCCAGCGAAAUUUGUGGAAAGAACCAGACAGGGGUUGUGACUUGGAGAGCUCCUGUCCAAAAACAAUUUGAUGUGUUCUGCUUCAACCAAACAGAGUCACAAUUGGAGGAUGCGACCACUGAUAGCCCUGUGGCCGUGAGCGAGCCCAGGGAGCGAGCGCCUCGUCCUCCUCUCUCAGGGAAUGGACCCUCCAUCUCAGCCCCACGCCCUCCGUCUGUCAUCCGGCAUCCUCCCUCCCAGUCCACUCCCCAGUCUCGCCCCUCCACCUCUCCCCCCCUCUCUCCAGACAACCCGGCGGAGGAAGAGAAUGAGCUGCCUCAGUCCGUGAGCGCCGCUGGCUCUGGUGUCGGAGCCAUUCCCAAAGCACUGAUGAUCAGCUCGACUUUUCUGCUUUUCCUGGCUACGGCUGCCGUCCUCUGGUACUUCAAAAUAAAGAGGAGCUGGUUCCUGUGCUGGGGAGCUGAGCAGAAGACGGAGAGAGUGGAGGCGGAGGAGUGGACCCCCACCUGGAAGAAGGACCAGCCGGAGGGCCACAGGGAGCCUGAGGAGGACGGCUGCAGAGGCACAGCCGGCGACGUUAGCGUCAACAACAACCUUGACUCCAAGACGGACACAGACACAGUGCCUUGAUACGUUCAGGAGAAUGGCUUCUCAGACACCAGAUGUUAAACUUUUUACAUUUAUGUACGUUUUGUAACAUAGGUAUUGACCACAGCAUGUUCUGUUGAAAUGCAUUUAUUUGCAUUUAUUAUGCUUCACAGGUUUUUGUUUCAGACACUACCUGACACGUGUGGGCUCCAGACAGAUUUGAAAUUGAAACUGAAAUGGCUUUCGGCCACUACAUGGUGAUGUUACAGUUGUAAGGCAAUCCAGAAGGGUGGAGUUGAGGACGGAUUGUGUUUCAGUAGUUUAGGAAUAAUAUAUGCAGUAGGCCCUGAACAUUCUGCUAUGCAGACUGGUAACUUGCUUUCUCAUAUAAACUCAUUCAACUGGCUCAUACUGUCAAAAAAGAUCACGGUCAUCCUUGUGACAAUUUUUUUUUAAAUAAAUUUGUACUGAGGUUGGGUUCCCCAGAAUUACCUGUUC